UGCAAUUCACCUGCAGAGACAGGAAAGGAAAUAGCCGUUGAACUGAAUCUGAGAGGAUCAGAUUGACUUUGUUGCUUCCCAAAUUUCAGUAAUUUAACUGCAUACGAAAAUGAAACAAACAGCCGUCAUAAACUUCAAGUGUGUGCUGCUCAUAUUUUUGUUGACAUUUGACUGUAAUGCACAGGUGAAUGAAGAAGAUACUGAGCAGCCUCCAGAAGACUCUGGAGCUGAAAACACUUUCUUUGCCUUGCGGAGUUGUCACCGGUUGCUAUACAGUGACAGUGGUGAGUUUUUCUCCCCGGACUACCUAUGCUCCAAUCCUCCCCUGUGGUGCAACUGGACAAUCCAGGUGGAUCCGAGUAAAAGGAUUCAUCUCUACCUGGAGGAUUUGACCCCUGAUGACAUCUGUAACCUCAAACAGGACCAAAUCCACAUUGACGAGCCAGUUGGAGAUUUAGCGGGACACAAAGUCUUACAGAAGUGCUGGCAAGAGGCCAAAUACACCACCUCCUCCAAUAUUCUGUAUGUAGUGCUACUGAUUAGUGGCUGGCCCAACCCCCUGUAUAGGGGCUUUUAUGGUCGCUACCAGGCAUUUGGAUCGCCAGUCAUUUAUAACCCAGGGGAAGGCUUUACAGAGACAAGCAAUGAGUCAGAGACAUCUCCUGGGCUGAUGGACUUCAGUGAAUCUGGACCAGGUACAAAGAGGGAACAAAUAGCAAGGAUGACUGAGCUACCCACGGAGCCCAAGAUGCCUGCAGACACAAACACUUGGAUGGAUGAAAACAACCCUCUGUCCUUGUCUGGGAACUACACGACCAUGCCAACUGCAUCAGUGUCCACCCAAAGGACCUUCAGAUCAGGGAGAGAGGAUGAGACCACAACUCUGAGCUGGACAGUGAAGGAGAACAUAACAGAGGUCAGUCAGACCUCAGUCCAGCUUUCCCCAUCCUCUGACAGACAAGAAAUACAGCACACUGAUCAGACUCAUCCUCAGCCUAACAUGGUGGAGCCACUGUCGGACCACAGAGGGAACUACUCAGAAAUUCAACAUUUUCCUGGUGAUCACCUGUUUGAAGUGGCCAUAGAGAUCAACUUUAGUCAGGAUUUGCUGAAGUCUUGGGACAACCUGGCCAGGUCACUGCUGCUUUCAGUAAAAGCUUUGAUCAGCAAACAGCUGGAGGCUCUGCAUGCACAACUGUCGGUGUCUUCCAAAAGAAUAAAAAGGUUGCAUGCAGGAGUGCUGUACAUCCUCUGGCUGCAAGUUAGACAGGGACCUAGAGGCAUGCAUGUCCACAGGGGCAUCCACUCUGCUCUCCAGGGGCUCAUUGAAGUUGAUGCCAGUGGCAAAGGAAAUCUGAGAAAGGCAAUCAUUAUGUCUGUGUCGACUGCAGAUGUUAAUGAGUGUGGGACCCAGCUUGUUCAAUGUGACUUCAAUGCAGACUGUGUGAACCGGUUUGGCUCCUACUCAUGCCAUUGCCGGGCAGGCUUUCAGGAUAACUCCCGCCUGGGAUCAGGAGGAACCAUCUGUGUGGACAUGAAGGCUGCAGGUUGCAGCUCACGCCUGUCCACUGAAGCUAAAGGUGUAUACAUCCUUUUCUUCCUGCUCAGCUCACUAAUUCUUGCGCUGCUGGUGGUUGCUGGCAUGUUCUACCAUCGUCACCACCGAGGAAAAUUCCUAGUUCGCUGCCACAGCAACAGCAGCUUAUCCCCUUCUGACCCCAACAACAACCAUCAGCAUCCUGAGGAAAACUACUCCAAUCCCGCUGACUCUGACCCGCCUCCCCCAUCUCCACCUGCCUGGGGUCCCAGAGAGUGCUGGGGCCAUGUAAAGGAGCAACGGCAAGUUGUGGAUCUGCAGCUGCUGCGCUUCAAUCUGCUGCACCCUCCAGACCGCUACAUGGAUCAGCAAGAGGGUGUGAACAGUCAAUGAUAAUUAAUCUUAAUUAUAUUCAGUAAAAUGUCUUCUUUAAAUUUACUUUCUUUUUUUUUUGUCUGCAUUUUGCACUAUUUGUAAAUUGCACAAUUAAAGGCACAAUGAAAAGCAUUUUUAUUCCUUGAAGUGCAAAACAUGUCUUGAGAGAAGACUGUUGUAAUAAUAUUAAAUCUUAUUUGAAAGUGCCUUCCAAGA